AGUAGCGAGCAAAAAAAAUGCAAACAGUCACACCAAAAUCAAUUAUUAUUGCUUUAUCUUUCGUAACGGUAAAAUUUAGUUUUUCCGUUUCGGAUAUGUGUACUCAUUGUGUAGGCAUUCUGUUUAUAAUAGCAAUAUGUAAUUGGUCUCUCUCUAGUGUUUGCAAAUUUACAUUUAGUUGGAAAAACAUAAUUUUACUGAGAGCAAAAAAAAUGCAAAUGGCAAAUAUGACUAGGAAGAAGCAACUAUCGAUUGGAUGCAAAAAAGCAAUAAUUAACGCUGCUAACAACGGAAGAUUGAUGCAGGAUAUCGCUUUGGAGUUUUGUGUAGCAACAUCAACAAUAUCGCGUAUUAUAUCCCGAUAUCGGGAACAAGGGGACAUCAAUCGCAAAGUGGGAAGUGGCCGUCCACGCAAAACAACUUCCAGAUUAGAUCGUGAGAUCAUAAGGCAGGUUAAAGUUAAUCCCUUUAAAACUGCAGUGGAAGUUACUCAGGACAUAAAUGAACAUUUUGAUGUUAACGUAGGGGUACACACAGUUAGGCGACGAUUAGUGGAGUCAAAACUGUAUGCAAGACGACCAGCUAAAAAACCAUACAUCAGUUCCAUCAAUAGGAAGAAACGGCUAGAUUUUGCGAAGCGCCAUAUGCAUUGGACAAGUGAGCAAUGGACAAGAAUGGCAUUAGGUACGUGCGGAGGCCCCCGGGACAAAGGUACAGCCCUAGAUAUCAAGUUCCGACAAUUAAACAUGGGGGAGGGUCAGUAA